AUGCGCAAACAGCUGGUUGAACAGGAGUCCACGGUCUCUAGGCUGCAGUGCGAGCUACAUGAAGCAGAGCAGCAGAGGAAUCUUCUGGCCUCCAGAAUAUCUGAGCUGAACUGUGACAUCCAGCAUCAGGAGAAAGAAUACAAGCGGCUCACAGAGCAACAAAGAGCAGAGCAGGACGAGGUGUCCAACAGAGAUGAGACGAUUCUGAGACUGACGGCAGACCUGCGGGCUGCUCAGGAGAGUCUGACUGCUACACGAAGAGGAGUUGGAAUUCAGAUGCUCGCAGAGCAGAUGCAGGAGGUCACGUCCAGGAGAGAGGAGGUUGUGGCCCUGCAGAAGGAGUUGAACAGUGUUCAGGAGAUCCUGAAACAGAGAGAGGAGGUGAUAGAGAAGAACAAACACAACACGACACAGCUCCAGCGAGAGACAGACUCUCUUUACAAACAGUGUGAAGGCCAGAAUGAAGAGCUGUGUGAUCUGCGUGAGGAGAUGCGGCGGUGGAAGCAGGAGGCCCAGGAACAGAAAGAGAGACAGGUGAAGGAGGUGCAGGACCUUAAGAGAGAGCUACAAAGCACACAAAGUCGCCUGCAGCUGCACAGAGAUAACCUGGAGAGUCUGCACCGAGAGCUGGCCCACAGACAGCAGAGAGACACAGAGGAUGAGGCCUCCUGCAGGGAAGCAGCUCUCCACAGUCAGGAUGCAGAGUUGAUUCAGCUGAAGGCAGGUCUGCUGGAGGCUGAGAAACUGGCCACAGAUGCAGAGGCCCGACUACAACCUCUUAGUGAAUCCCUCGAGCUCUGCAAACACAAGUACCAGGCCUGCCUCGGCAAGAUCGCCCAACUUGAGAAUGCUCUGCAUAGUCGAGAGCAGGACCUGAAAGAGGCCCACCAUCAGGUGGCACAGAGGGAAGAGCAGGUCCUCCGUCUGAGAGCUCAGGUUGUAGCUCUGCAGGGGGAUCUGCAGCUACAAUGCACCCAGCUGGAGAGUGGAGACGAUGCCCUUGCCGCACUGAGCCAGCAGCUCCGAGACACACUGGAAGAGCUGGAGCACAGCCGUAAUCACGCACAAGAGUAUGAGCUGCUCAUCAACACACUCAGAGACACCGCUGAAAGCCUUCGUCACCAGGUUGAAGAGCAAGAAGAGACGCUAGUGAAGACGCAGACUGAUUUUUCCAUCUACCGGGCCACUCACGUUCACACCGACUCAGACUACGAAUCCCAGCUGUCCCGCGUCCAGGAGCUAGAGCACGCGCUGUUCCAGUCACUGGAGCGCUGCGGUCAGAGCGCCCAGGAGCUGCGGGUCUGCCAGCUGGAGUUGGCGCGUCACCGAGAUUGCAGUCCGGCAGAGGUGCAGCGACUGCAGGAGCAGGUGAGGAAGCUCCAGGCAGAUGCAGCAGAUGAGGCCCGGAGACGAGCACAAGUUGAUACUCUGGAGCAGAAGGUAGCCAAUCUGGAAGGAGAACUACAGGCAGCUCAAAGGCGUUGUGACCAGGCUAUCCAGAAGAGAGACACCCUACUGAGACAGUCCGAGGCUGAUCUUCUGCAGGCACGGGAGAAGAUCCGAAGCAGGGCGGCAGAGGCAGAAAAGCAGGCUAUCUCUGCUCGAGGGCUGGAAGCUGAUCUGCAGAGAGCCAAGAAAGAGAAAAGGCAGAGAGAAGGAGUGUGCCUCACUCAAAACGCAGCUGCUUCAGCUCAGGGAACAACUGAAGGAGCCCAGGAGCUGACGCGGCAGCAGGAGAAGGUGCAGCUGUUUGAGGGAGGUCAGCGUCUGGCUCAGGAGCAGCUCUCCGAGCGUGUGGCGGAGGUGGUGCGGGCAGAGAAAGCCCAGAGGAGACUGCAGGCAGAGCUCAAGAGAAUAACAGACAGUCUGGAAAACAGCCAGCAGGAGCUGCAGGACUCACGGAGGCUGGUAGAGCGCUUGAGAGCAGAGGCCAGCAGCAGCAGACAGGAUGCGCUCAACUCUCAACAGGAAGCUGUGAGACUCCAGCAGGAGAAACGGCAGAUCCAGGAAGAGCUGGACGUCAGCAGAGAGACUCUCUCAGCCCUGCAGACUAAGCUGUGUGAACAGGAGAAGCUUAUAAACACACACCAGGAUCAUGUUUCUGAGCUGCAGCUCAUCACACACAGACUGCAGGAGGAAGGGCUGAACUGCCAGACUCAGCUGCAGCUGUGCAGGAGACAACUGGAGACCAGAGAUGACCAAGAGCAAAAACACCACCAAGAGAUGAGCAGUCUGCAGGCUACAGUGUCCAGGCUGAAGCUGGAUCUGGAGCAGGAGCGGGAGAAGUGGCGGCAGGGGGUACGAGAGGCAGCCAAGGCCGAUCAGAGAGGGAGAGAGCUGAGACAGGAGCUCAGCACAACACAGGCCUCUCAUAAAGAGUAUAUGGAGCUGCUGGCCGAGUACAGUCGAGAGGUGGCGGCUCAGAGGAGUGAGCAGGCCCGUCUGCAGCAGCGCCUGAUCCAGUUGACAGAGGAGAGGGCGGCUCAGGAGGAGCGAGUCAGACAGAUGAGUGCAGAUCUACAGAGAGCGCACAGUGAGAGCAGGUGCUCUCAGGAGGAGGCCAGGGCAUGUGAGGGUCGACUGGCGGAGCUGCACACCCAGCUCUCACGCUCACAGCAGUGGGCACAGCAGCACAUGACAGCCCUGCAGGCCAGAGAGGAGGAAGUGCUGCUGCUAAAGAUGGAGAUGGCCGCUCUCAGAGAGAACUACAGUGCUAAAGUAUCUCAGGUUGAGGCUUUGCACUCACAGAUGGACACUGCUGAUCAGAAAUAUAACGCAGCCGUGUGUGAGGUGGAUGUUUUGCGGCAGUGCUUAGGAGACGCACGGAGUGACAGCUCUCGACUUCACAGGGAAAGUGAACUAGUCGUGACCAAUGUGAACCAAUGGGUGAAGGAGCAAAAGCACACUAAUGAGAAACUGGCACUCAAGAUCAAAGACCAGAGCAGGAAGAUCAUCCACCUGACAGCCGAGAGAGAUCACCUUCAGGAGAAUGUGAAGGGUUUACAGGGGGAAAUCAGGAGGCUGAAAGCAGAGAGAAUGGAAGCAGAGCAACUGAAGUGAAUAAAGAGGCAGAGGAAGAAGAAAGCACUUCCUUACCACCUGCGGCGCCAGUGCCUGAGUCUGGAUCGACUUGGAUGGCUACAGAACUGUUGUCUGCAAACAGACUGUCUCUUGGAUCCUUUCUUUAUCACUGACUCAAUGAGUUCUGGGAAAACAUUAUUUUCAAAUGAUGGCUGACAAUUGACCUUGUGACAGAUAAAUGACUGAUAGCUUAAA